GGUAGUGGCCUAGUGGGGUUCGCAGUGGUAGUUGGGUCUGGGAUGAAAAAGCCCAAUAAUAUUGAAACCGCAUGAUUUUUCAAAUCAAAACCCUAUCAAAAAACCCAAACUGGGCGCCACAACUCCAUAGCAGAGAAACCAUGGGAGGUGCAGGAAGGUCACGAACUCAAAGAAAACACUUUCGUCAAAACAGACAAAAUGUUUGGAAGCGUUCCAAAUCCGAUCCAGACCCUUCUUCCUUAUCCUCCGAUAAACCACAAACUACUCAUUGGACUCCUUUCGAAACUCAAAAUCCUUCAUUCGAUUCAUAUUACAAGGAACAACGAAUAGUGGAUCCACAAGAGUGGGAACAAUUCGUCGCAAUUCUCAGAACACCGUUGCCUGCUUCAUUUAGAAUCAAUUCUAGUAGUCAAUUUGCUGACGAUAUUCGUUCUCAAUUGGAAAAUGACUUUGUGCAUUCUCUUCGUGCUGAGGUUGUUGAAGGGGGUGAGACAGAGGCUAUUCGGCCUUUGGCUUGGUAUCCUGGGAACUUUGCUUGGCAUUCGAAUUUUUCACGUAUGGAGCUGAGGAAAAAUCAAACAUUAGAGAGGUUCCACGAAUUCUUAAAGCUAGAAAAUGAAAUUGGAAAUAUCACAAGACAGGAAGCUGUCAGUAUGGUUCCUCCGCUAUUCUUGGAUGUGCAUCCAGACCAUUUUGUUCUUGAUAUGUGUGCUGCACCAGGUUCAAAAACAUUCCAAUUGCUUGAGAUUAUACACCAAUCAACUAAAGCAGGAUCACUACCUGAUGGAAUGGUUAUAGCAAAUGAUCUUGAUGUACAAAGAUGUAAUCUUCUCAUCCACCAAACAAAAAGAAUGUGCACGGCCAACCUAAUUGUUACUAAUCACGAAGCACAACAUUUCCCAGGAUGUCGUUUAAACAAGAACAAGAAUUACGAAAAAAUGGAGUCAGAUCACAAUAUUCACCAACUGGUAUUUGACCGUGUUCUGUGUGAUGUCCCGUGUAGUGGAGAUGGUACACUUCGUAAGGCACCUGAUAUGUGGAGGAAAUGGAAUUCAGGGAUGGGACAAGGGCUUCACAGCCUACAAGUUUUAAUUGCUAUGCGAGGUUUAUCUUUACUCAAAGUUGGUGGAAGAAUGGUUUAUUCAACAUGCUCAAUGAAUCCUAUUGAGAAUGAAGCUGUGGUUGCAGAGGUUUUGCGGAGGUGUGGAGGGUCUGUCGAACUUGUUGAUGUAUCUAGUGAGCUUCCACAACUUAUUCGACGGCCAGGUCUCAAGAGAUGGAAGGUAUAUGACAAGGGCAGUUGGUUCGUUUCUUCCAAAGAUGUUCCCAAGUUUCGUAGAAGUGUAAUUCUUUCCAGCAUGUUUCCUUCUGGAAUACGCUAUCAGGAUCUGGGUGACAGUAAUUGUAAUGCUGACACGGGAGAUGACAUUACUAGUGUGGUUAAUGGAAAAGCUGAAGAUGGAAUUGAAGCACUAGAGAAUCCUGUGAUGUCUGAGUCUGCCGAAGCUUCUAAUUUUCCUCUUGAGCACUGCAUGAGGAUAAUGCCUCAUGAUCAGAACACUGGGGCCUUUUUCAUUGCUGUGCUGCAAAAAGUUUCUCCUUUACCAGCUCUUCUCGAAAAACCCAGCACAAUAAUUGAUGAGCCAAAUGUAGAACCACCAAACCAUAGUCUUGAGGAUGCACAAACACCGCAGAUCAAUUCAUCUGAAACUACACUUGAAGAAGUCUUAGCAGUUCCAGAGGAAAAUGUGAAUGACAAUAUAUACAAUACAGAAGAUUUGGAAGUUAUUACAUGUGAAGAACAGAAUUCUGAGGAAGCUAAAGAACCCCAUAAUGCAGAAAACACGGAAAAGAAGGUUCCGGGCAAAAGAAAGCUACAAAGUCAAGGCAAAUGGAGAGGUGUUGACCCGGUUCUCUUUUUCAAAGAUGAAGCAGUUAUUAAUAGUAUAAAGGAUUUUUAUGGAAUAGACGAGCGUUUUCCAUUCAAUGGUCGCCUUGUUACAAGAAACAGUGAUAUGAGUCAUGUGAAAAGAAUUUACUAUGUCUCCAAGUCAGUUAAGGAUAUUCUUGGGUUGAACUUCUCAGUUGGGCAGCAACUCAAAAUAACUUCUGUUGGACUGAAGAUGUUUGAAAGACAAACAGCACGAGAAGGUAGCUCUGCACCAUGUGCUUUCCGGAUAUCAUCCGAAGGAUUGCCCAUUAUUCUCCCAUUCAUAACAAAGCAAAUCGUACAUGCAUCUCCCGUGGACUUCAAGCAUCUUCUGCAGGACAAAGAUGUAAAAUUUACAGAUUUUGCCGAUGCCCAGUUUGGUGAAAAGGCAGCAAACCUAUUGCCAGGUUGUUGCGUGGUAAUUAUGGCUAAAGCUAGCACAGUUGCUACUGAAUCCUUCGAAGUGGAUGAGUCAACAAUUGCCAUCGGAUGCUGGAGGGGUAGGGCAAGGUUGUCAGUGAUGGUUACUGCGAUGGACUGCCAAGAAAUGCUUGAAAGGCUUUUAAUACGUCUAGACACAGAAAAGGGCUCUUCUGGGCAUGUGGGCAAAUUGUCGGAUGAUGUGGGAGGUGAAGUACAGCCUGUUCAGGAGUUGAACGAUAAAAAUGAUGAUGAUGUGAAAGCUGCUGUGAGUUAGAGAGGAACUACUUAACUGAUAUUUAAUACUCUGUUGUAACAGAUAUUUAUGCUCUUUAAUUUACAGAAAAGGUGAUUUUUUUUCUUCACCCGUGAGAGUUCAAUGAUAAAAUUAUUUGUGAACCUGUCAUUAGUUUCUAAGACAGAACUUGGUUCAUAUUUGUAUUAGUACUCAUUUGAAAUUUCACACUUUGUUUUAUAUGAGAAACUCCCUUUCUAUACA